UUUGCAGGCAGCGGCGGCCGGGGGCGGAGCGGGAUCGAGCCCUCGCCGCGGCCUGCCGCCAUGGGCCCGCGCCGCCGCCGCCGCCUGCCACCCGGGCCGCGCGGGCCGUGAGCGCCAUGGCCGUGGCCGGGGCCCCCGCAGGCGGCCCAUGCGCGCCGGCGCUGGAGGCCCUACUCGGGGCCGGCGCGCUGCGGCUGCUCGACUCCUCGCAGAUCGUCAUCAUCUCCACGGCGCAGGACGCCAGCGCCCAGCCGGCCCCCGCCGGCCCCUCCGCGCCCGCCGCCGGCCCCCGCGACCCCGACCUGCUGCUCUUCGCCACGCCGCAGGCGCCCCGGCCCACACCCAGCGCGCCGCGCCCUGCGCUCGGCCGCCCGCCGGUAAAGCGGAGGUUGGACCUGGAAACUGACCAUCAGUACCUGGCCGAGAGCAGUGGGCCAGCCCGGGGCAGAGGCCGCCACCCAGGAAAAGGUGUGAAAUCCCCAGGGGAGAAGUCACGCUAUGAGACCUCGCUGAAUCUGACCACCAAACGCUUCCUGGAGCUGCUGAGCCGCUCAGCUGAUGGCGUUGUUGAUCUGAACUGGGCAGCCGAGGUGCUGAAGGUGCAGAAACGGCGCAUCUAUGACAUCACCAAUGUCCUCGAGGGCAUCCAGCUCAUUGCCAAGAAGUCCAAGAACCACAUUCAGUGGCUAGGCAGCCAUGCGGCAGUGGGGAUCGGUGGGCGGCUUGAAGGACUGACCCAGGACCUCCAGCAACUGCAGGAGAGUGAGCGGCAGCUGGACCACCUCAUCCAUAUCUGUACCGCACAACUGCGGCUGCUUUCUGAGGACUCUGACAGCCAGCGCCUGGCCUAUGUGACCUGCCAGGACCUUCGUAGCAUCGCAGACCCUGCAGAGCAGAUGGUCAUGGUGAUCAAGGCCCCUCCUGAGACCCAACUCCAAGCCAUAGAUUCCUCAGAGACCUUUCAGAUCUCCCUUAAGAGCAAGCAAGGCCCCAUUGACGUUUUCCUGUGCCCUGAGGAGACUGCAGGCGGCAUCAGCCCUGGGAAGACCUCGUCCCAGGGGACGGCUUCUGGGGAGGAAGACAGGGCAGUUGACCCUGCCACCACAGUGCCACCACCAUCAUCUCCCUCCUCAUCCCCUGCUGCAGAUCCCAGCCAGUCCCUGCUCAGCCUGGAGCAAGAACCUCUGCUUUCCCGGAUGGGUGGCCUGCGGGCCCCUGUGGACGAGGACCGCCUGUCCCCGCUGGUGGCGGCCGACUCACUCCUGGAGCAUGUGCGGGAGGACUUCUCCGGCCUCCUCCCUGAGGAGUUCAUCAGCCUGUCCCCUCCCCACGAGGCCCUCGACUACCACUUUGGCCUUGAGGAGGGUGAGGGCAUCAAAGACCUCUUCGACUGUGACUUUGGGGACCUUACCCCCUUGGAUUUCUGAUGGGGCUUAGGGGGGACCAGGGACUCCUGAGAUGCCCACCCUGUCUCUGCAGCCCUGGAGCCCCCUGCCCCUGGCCGUCCUCCCAGCCCGAUUGGAAAUGUUUAAUUUAUACCCUAUCUCCCCUGUCUCCAGAAGCUUCUAGCUCUGGAGUCUGGCUACUGCCAGGAGGCUGAGCAAGCCAGGAAGGGAAGGAUUCUGUUUGUGGUGUGUAUGUGCAUGCACCCAGCACCCAACAUGUGUGUACACGGGGUGAGUGGUGUGUGAGCAUGUGUGUGUGCAUGUACCGGGGAAUGAAGGUGAACACAUCUGUGCGUGCACUGAAAACACGCCCCAGUGUGUCCACGUGUGUGUGCAUGAGUCCAUGUGUGCGCGUGGUGGGGGCUCUAACUGCACUUUUGGUCUCCUUGCUCCAGGGGCCCCACGAGGCCCAGGGUGGCCACCUGCCCCCAGAAUCCUGUGUGCUGACCAGGCCAGGUGGCGAGGCCUUGGCCUGCUUGUUUGCAGGACAGCGAGAGCACUUCUGUCGUCUUAAAGGUUUUUCUGAUCGAAGCUUUAAUGGAGCGUUAUUUAUUUAUCAAGGCCUCUUUGGCAAGCCUGGGGCACCAGCGAAGGGUAGGAGGGGUGUGGGACUGAUGCCCCAACUCCUUAUACCCCUGAGCGAGGGCAGGGGUCCCUAAAGCUGUAAUUUGCCCCACUCCGAAGGAGCUGAGGCCUGAGCGGUUUAUUUAUUGGGAUAGUGAGGGAGGGAGACUGACUGACUGACUGACAGCCAUGGGUGGAUUGAGGGGGUGGUCCCUUCCCAGAGGGUCACUGCAGGACCCCAUCUGCCCCCCAGGAUGGAUGUGAGAUGGGAGAGGUGAGUGGGGGACCUUCACUGACAGGGUGGGCAGGAGGGGUGGGUCAAGGGCUUCCCCUAGCCCAGACCACAGGGGCCCCUCCUGUGGCAUUUGAAGUGCCCCCUCUACCCCACUUCUUGCUCUGCCCUACCCUCCAAUCUGCACUUUGAUUUGCCUUUCUAACUGCUCUGUUCCCUCUUGCUUUGGUUUUAAUAAAUAUUUUGAUGGUGUUUGGGUUGGGUUUUGGGACUGUGUACAAGGAGCAAAUCUGGGGGUGGGAGAGGUCAAGGUUGCUGGGAAAAUACCCCUUGUCUACUUCCCCUCUCCCUGCCUCUACUUGGUUUCAUUUCCCUUGAACCUCCCAGCCACAAGAAAGGCAGGCUUCAUCACCAUUUUUGUCCUUACUUAGAAACUGAUCCAAUGAAGUGGUAAGUGAACUCCCUUCCUUUUCCCAGCCUCAGAGAGGCCACUCUGAUUGCUGUGUUCCUUCCAGAUGUUUCUGGGCAUUUGUAAACAUGGAGCAAAUAAUUAAAA